AACAUCUGCAGCUAUGAUGCGAGAACACUAGUGGAAGGUCAUAAGUAAUAAUUCUGAAUUACUGAAUCGUCUUGGUUUCAUUGAAAUAUAUUUUAUUCUGUCGGUGAUGUCAGUGAGGGCAUAUGUUGAAUGGAAGGUGUUCUAUUAUUUUCUUCCGCCUCUGUGCUUAAAGUUAAGGAGCCUUAGUUUUAAAAACUUAUUUCCCAAAUACUGUAAAGGCCCUUGUUUUUGCGGGUUUUUUUUUUGGUUUUUUUAUUGACUACUGACAGCAGAAACUGAACCGCCUUUCAGGUUGUUCAUAUGGCCUGCAAGUGUUAAUUCCCUUACCCAUGAAACCAUUGCAUCAGAGUUGUUUACUUUCACAAGUUUUAAAACCUAGAGGGGGCACAGAAAUAGCAAGGAGUGCCACAUGGGUUUUUUUGUUUUGUGUUAAGCCUGUGGCCUUCUUCGUAUUCACUUGAGAGCACCUAACUAGUGUUGCUAGGUAUGAAGUAACGCAAGUCUAAUUGUAUGGGUGUCUUUACAUUCUGGCUUGCAAGUGCUUUGUUUCCCUCUUCUUAAUACUUAAACUGAGGUCCGUUAAUUCUGCUGUAGAAGAAUUUCCUUUUGUUUCCUAGAGGUUAAAAAUAUAUUGAAAGAAGUUUUGCGUAAUAGGCCAGGAAAAUGCCUUUGAAUGGAUAUUUUGUCAAACUAUCUGUUGCAGUUCUCAGUAAGGUCAGCCAAUGAAUACUCUGUUGUCAGACUGUGUUUUUGUUUAAAGAGAAAGAAAGAAAGAAAGAGAGAAAGAAAGAAAGAAAAGGGUUGGAUGAUUGCCUGCAACAGUAUGUCCAGAAAUUUGAACGAGAGAAGAUAAAUGGUGCUCAGCUAUUGCAGAUUUCUCACCAGGAUCUUGAAGAGCUGGGUAUCACUCGUAUUGGACAUCAAGAGCUCGUUUUAGAAGCUGUGGAUCUCCUCUGUGCAUUGAAUUACGGCCUUGAAACGGACAACAUGAAGAACUUGGUUCUUAAGUUACGUGCCUCUUCCAACAAUUUGCAGAACUACAUCAGCAGCCGGAGGAAAAGUUCACAUUAUGAUGGAAAUACCUCACGCAAACCCCCUAAUGAAUUCCUUACCUCAGUGGUAGAACUUAUUGGUGCUGCUAAGGCUUUGUUGACAUGGCUGGACAGGACUCCGUUUACUGGAAUCGCGGACUUUUCCACAACAAAGAACAAAAUCAUUCAGCUCUGCUUGGACCUCACCACCACUGUUCAGAAGGACUGUUCUGUAGCUGAAAUGGAAGAUAAAGUUCUCAAUGUAUCCAAGGUUUUAAAUGGAAUUUGUGAUAAGACAAUCAGGUCCACAACUGACCCACUGAUGAGCCAGGGAGCAUGUCUUGAGGAAGUUCAUUUAACUAACAUCAAACCUGGGGAAGGCCUGGGAAUGUACAUAAAAUCUACUUAUGAUGGAUUGCAUGUGGUUACUGGAACAACAGAAAAUUCUCCUGCUGAUAGAUCUCAGAAAAUUCAUGCUGGUGAUGAAGUUAUUCAGGUGAAUCGCCAGACUGUGGUGGGAUGGCAACUGAAGAACCUUGUGAGGAAACUGCGUGAGAAUCCUUCUGGAGUUACUCUACUAAUGAAAAAACGUCAUACAGGCUCUUUUAAUUUUACUCCUGCUCCUCUUAAAAACCUACGGUGGAAGCCACCAGUUGUGCAGACCGUCCCACCACCGAGAACAACCCAGUCACCUGAAAGCACCAUGGACACCUCCUUGAAGAAAGAGAAGCCAGCCAUUCUAGACCUUUACAUACCUCCACCGCCAGCUAUUCCAUAUGCUCCACGGGAUGAGAAGGGGAGCUUUGUUUAUGGAGGAGGCAAUAAGCCUAAGCAGCCCCUACCUGGUUCCAAAGGUGCAGAAUCUCCCAAUUCUUUUCUGGAUCAGGAAUGCAGAAGGCGACGGUUUACUCUUACUGAUUCUGAUCCAUUGCCCGGCUAUUCCAUGGAAGCGAACAUUCUACCAGCAAAGAUGAGACAAAAAACACCAUCUUAUGGAAAGCCUCGCCCGCUGUCUAUGCCUGCAGAUGGAAACUGGCUGGGAGCUGCAGAAUCUUUUUCUAGGCCUCGAGCAAUGGGGAGGAAAGGUGAGAAUGUCCUCUGCCGGUACUUCAGCAACGAGAGGAUCCCACCCAUUAUUGAAGAAAGUUUGCCUGCACAGCAGCAGUUUUCCAGGCCUGUGGCAGAAAGGCAGCUAGUGAGGGGCGCAGACUACAUCAGGGGAAGCAAGUGCUUUGUUAAUGUGGAUCUUCACAACAGUGCGACAAUCCCUUUCCAGGAGGAGGGGGCCAAAAAGCCACCUGUAACCUCAUCCACAAAAUCCUCGUCCACAGAACCCUCCCUGUUGGUCAGCUGGAUCACGAGGCUGAAGCUGUUGACUCACUGAGUUACUGGAGGCUUUGAGUGUUUAGGAUAUUCUACGAAGUGCCUUUUCCUCCUUCUCAGUCAAAUGGCUCUGUAUUUCCUACAGAGAGCAUUAGUGGUUAUACAUCUAUUUUAUUAUUUUUCUUUCUUGCAAAGAAGCCUGCUCUUUCCCCCCCACCCCUUGAUCUUGAGUUUACUGGAUUUGGAGAAUGGGCUUUGACAGUGGGAGAGAGAUCACGAAAUGUAGCUCCUUCUGCCUACCCAAGGGUGGAGGAGGAUUCGGCCUUUUGGAGAAACCGGAUUUCAGAGGUCACUGCUGACCUGAAAUCUGAAUGACCCAUGCAGAGGAAAUCUCUGCAUUGUAAUGAGGGUUGGUGGCACUUCAUUUGCUACAAUGCUCUGAUGCCGUGCAGCGUACUGGAUGUGCAGACUAGGUUGCACUCAGCAAAAAAUAAAUCUCCUGACCAAGAGAAGGGAGACGUACUCUUUUUUCCCUUUUCUUUUCUUUUCUUUUUGCCUUUUGGACAUGGUGGUAUUCCAAGUGACUACAGACGAUUGUAAGGAAUAAAAGGCAAUUUCUUCCUUGGUUCUCAUUAGUGACAUAUGCGAGCCUUUCCUGGUUGGUGUCCCAGCAGGUAUUAAAAGCUUUGUACAGGUCAGCUACUCUUCCCUGAAUUGCUGCAGUGCUCAUCCAAUUAAGACAUGGAUUGCUACAACAUGCCAAGGAAAUGCAUCUCGAGCAAUGAUGGUAAAAAAGAAUAUAUUUUACUGCUUCAAAAAAAGGAAAGAAAAAAAGAUUAGACUGAAUAGCUGUUUACCAAAGUAUUCUUCUGAAAGCAAAACCCUUUAGGUUUCUGGAGUAUCUACAGUGGUUCAAAGUUGAACUGGUUUGAUGUUACUUAUGCUUUAAGGGCUGACUAGUGAUGAAUUACACUUUUGUAAGAUGGUUUUGCUGUUCUAAAGCAUUUCUGAAAAUUUGUUUGCCCUCAUUAAUUUAGUAGCUCUGGGGGUGAGAGUUGGGCUGGUUCAUGGAGGGGACAACUUGCAAAAGUGUUAGGAUGCUAAGGAAUUGUUUUUUAAAACAGAUGUACAAAAGAAUGUUUUUGUUGGACAUCCACAAAGCCACAUUCUCUUUGAAAUAAUUUUAAAGUGUUAAAUAGCACUGUAUUGUUUUUUUGGGAACUGUCUGGAGUUCUUACAUUCCUCUCUACAGAACUGUGCACUAAUCAGCCGAUGCAAAAAUCUUACUGUUUCCCCCCACCCCAUUAAAUUAACAGCCAAAUAUGCCAUUUGAAUGGUCUCAAAAUAGUUGAUGGGCUUUCAUGCAUCAGCUACACUGAAGAAAGGAAUUCAGCAGACGUUGCUGUUCAACGUUAUCAGUUUGACCUCAGCAAGCCGUACUAAGCAGUUUAUAACAGGCUUGGUAUAUACCUCUGGAAAUGUCUAGUUCUGUAUAGGAUUAUCCUUUGUGUUUUGUUUUUCAUUCAGAAAGACAUGUUAACUUAACUAUGUAGGAAGUAUGUAGGAUGUUAACUAUGUAGGAACUUCCUUAAACUCAGUGAAUUUGCACUAAUUUUUACCACUAAAAGAUGCCUAUGGUUAUAACCCAAUUUGAUCCAAUCUUCACAGACAAGAGCAAUCAAAGACAUAACUCAAGCUAUAUUUCUUUCAGAGUCAACCAGCUAUUGGUACUAGCCCAGUAAAUGUCACUGAUGCUAGUGUGGCCAAGCUGAACUUUGAUUAUAUUUUCUCAUCGUAUCUAAACUGUUUGGUUUCAAUUAAAAAGAAGGAAAAAUAUUAAAAGCAGUACAAUGUAA